ACAUUCAUUAUUUGAUCGUUGGUGAUUUAUUUUGAAAUGCGUUUAUUUGGAUUUUUCUAAAUUGUUGUAAUUUCAUAUUUCCAUUACCUAGUACCUAUUAAUUUGAAUUGUUUUAUUUAACAAUUUUUUUUUAAUAUGUCAAUGAAGCGAAUAAGCAGUUAUUUUGACAUUACAUCCAAAAAAUCAAAACCUAAUUUGCCAUUGGAAGAAGAUCAUAAUACAACCUAUGGCACUAGUACAGGUACAGCUGAACUUAUUUCUAUACAAAAACCUGAAGCUGAGCUUGGUAAAUCCAUACAGUCUGAAAUUACAGAUGAAUUAGAUAUAGCAAAUUUUACAUGUCGAAGUAAAAUUGUAAGUGAUUAUAUAAAAUCAAUUAUACUAAAAAGGAGCAAUAUUCCUAGUUCUAAGUUUCAAUAUCCAUUUUCUCUUCAUAAUAAAAAAGGAAAAUAAAAAUAUUGUAACAUUAAUGCAGCUUACACCAAAGUAUCUUAUUAAAAUAAAAAAUGAAGACUUGCAUAAUUAUUUGUCAACAAUUUUUGAAAUUGUGACUGGAAAUUAUACAUAUUUUCAAGCUUCAUCAAAAGAUUUAAUACAAAAUGAAUUAAAUUUAUGGUUUACUAAAUGGAAGAGACAUGAAUCUGAAGGGGAAAAUAUUCCAAAUAAUGGGUUGGAAGCUCUAAUUUCGUGUCCGGAAUCAGUAUUUCCUAAUAUUCAUUAUAUUCUUAAUAUUAUUUGUUCCCUACCUAUUAGUGUUGCUUCAGCAGAACGAAGCUUUUCUACGCUUAGAAGAGUUGAAAAUCUAAAACGAGGAAAUGACCAUACUGUAACCAAACAAUCUUAA